AUGGAUUUAGAUAGUAAAGCCUAUUCUAAGCUAAUUGAUGCAUGGAAUACUCAUGGAGGCUCUGAAGAUUAUAGAAGAAUACUUGAAAGAUUAAGCCCUUUAACAAAAAGACAUGAUCACGAAACACCAGAAAUGUGGUGCUCUCGUAUUCGUGAUCCAUUUAGGAAAAUACUAGAAGAUAACUAUUCCAGGGAAAUCCUUUCUAAGAAUGGAUAUAUUACGAUGCAUGGAAAUUUAAUUGAAAGAAGUGAUAGAGUCCAUGGUCUUCCAUCAAAUUACAUAUAUUGUAGUGUAUGUGACUCCUUAGUUUUCAUAUCUGAAAAUGGCCUUGAUGGUCUUGCCAUAACCUAUCGAGAUAGCCACUUGAAAAGAUGUAUUUCUGGAAAUACUAUUUCGAAUGAACAUGCAAGAAGAAAUGAAAUUCUCAAAUCUAUUGAUAGAAGGGAAUUUCAGAUCUGGCAAUAUAGACAAUACAUAUUACAAGAAGAGGCUAAAAUUAAUCGUCUCCAAUUGGAACUUGCAUCCCAAUCUCUUUCACACUCAGAGAAGGAUAAAUUGGCAUCGAUAUCAUAUGAUUAUGAUUCUCGUACAAUUGGCUAUGAAACAUACACACAG